GUUUUGGCGGAGAUGCGCAGAUACGCACUUUAAGCCAGGCAGAAUGGGCGGGAAACCAUACGCUGCCUGGCGGAGGGGCUAUGAUGGCGGCGUAUUAUGCCAAUGAAUGUGUCAUGGGUCUCAUGGAGCGCGAAGACGCUCACCAAGACUUGUUUGACGCCUACAGCUGCACCAUUGCGGCAUUGGCAUACAUCCGUGUGCCAGAAAAUGAGGCUAUAGGAGCUUCUCCAGCCGAUACGCCCAAAAGGGUGGCUGCCAUUUUGCGCGCCUUUGAGCUUUGUCUUUUGCGCGAUUUGGGUUAUUUGCCGUUGCUCAAUGAGCAAACCUAUUUACUCACCCAGCUCCAUGCAGAACAACAUUAUGUGCUCGACGCUCAUGGGGGUUUACGCUUGGCGCAGCAACGAGAAGCCCAUAGCCUUAAUGGGGCGCAGUGGCAGCAACUCCAAACUGCACUAGACGCGCAGACUGUCGACGGUUUUACAAAU